ACAUUUCAGUUUUCUUAACAAGACUACAAAAAGCAAAGGUUUUUCCCUGCCUUCAAAUGAUGGGUUUUCCGUAAAUUAGGAGCCAGUCGGUGAUUAAUGUUUCGUUGUCAUGGUGAUUGCCAUUUUGUUUUGAUAGCUCAAGUUUGUUUGAUGUUGUGGAAUUUUCGAUGAUUAUGGGAAAUUUUGUGAAUUAAAAUGGGUAAAAAGAAAGCAAAAGAGCCCGAGCCUCCUGCGAAAGACGAGUUUGAUCCUUUGCAAAUUGUGAGUAAAAGUCCUGGUACAGUUGUGCUGAUGCUUGAUUCUCAAGAGGAGACAGUGUUACAGGCUGCUUGUGAAGCUUUGUACAAAUUUUCAGAGAAAUGUGAAGAAAAUCGACAAACGCUCUUGAAUCUUGGAGUUUUGGAACGGCUACUCAAACAUAUUUUGUCUGAAGACAAAAUCAUCAAACGAAAUUCGAUAAUGUGCCUUGGAACUUUGAGUCAAAAUGUAAAUGUAAGGAAAAUAUUGCGAAAACUUAAUUGCAUUGAAUCCCUGAUAAUCCUUCUUCGACCUGAAGAGGAAGCACUGUGUCACGAGUUUGCAAGCUUAGCGUUAACAAUGUUAGCCGGCAAGUUUGGCAACAAAGUUGAAAUAUUUGAAAAACAUGGUCUUGAGUCUUUAAUUCGACUACUUACAUCGACAGACUGUGACAUACAGAAAAAUGCCGUGGAGUGUAUUUCACUUUUGGUCGAAGAUUACCAGAGUCGCAUUGCCAUUAAAAAACUCAAUGGAUUUGAACCUCUUCUUGCCCUUCUUGAUUCUCAAUAUGCCAUCAUUCAAGAUUUGGCAUUAAGUACACUGUUGAAUUGUUCUUAUGAAGCUGAAAAUCGUGAAGAACUUCGACAGCUAGAAGGUCUUCAAAAAAUAAUUAAUUUUAUUGGUAUCAAGGAAUACGAUGAUCUUCAUGUGAAAGCUAUUCAAGUUUUAUCCAAUUGUAUGCAAGAUAUUGAAAGCAUGAAGAUAAUACAAUCAUCGGGCAGCUUGCAAAAAAUGUUGAAAUUUGCUUCAGAGUCCGUUCUUCCAGAGGUGCAACAGCACGCGGCAAAAUCAUUGGCAAUUGCUGCUCAAAGAGAGGAAACGCGAAAGAUUCUUCAUGAGCAAGAAUGUGAAAAAACACUCAUAAGUCUUCUCGCAAAUGAGUCAUCAAUGGUACAGGCUGCCGCCUCCGAAGCUCUUGCCGUCAUGUCAGAGAGUUUGAUAAUUCGUGAAGAAAUAGGAAAGCUAGAUGGAAUACCUUAUUUGGUUAGCUUAUUGAAGGCUGAAGAUGCCGAAGUUCGCCAUUUUUCAUCACUGGCUCUCGCUAAUCUUUCGUCUUCCACUUCAAAUGCAAGUAUUUUGAUGGAAAAAGGUGGAGCUGAAGCUUUAGUACGUUUGCUGAAUGAUUCAAAACCUCGAACUCAAGUUAAUGCAUCAGUCUGUCUAACAAACCUUGCACGUAAUGAAUCCUGGAGAAUGGAAAUACACAACUAUGGUAUUAUACCAAAUUUGGUCAAUGCCCUCGAUUCAUCUAAUCCAAGUGUACAGUGUAAAAUAGCAAUGACAGUUGCCUCGUUUUUGUGUGAUGUCAAAGCAAAAACCCAGUUUCGUGAGGAAGGAGGCUUGGUUGCACUUGUUAACUAUCUCUCAUCAAACGUUAGUGAUGUUCGUCGCGCUGCAUCAUGGGCUAUGGUAGUCUGUGGUAGUGAUCCGGCCAUUGCAACAGAACUCACCACCCUUGGAGCCAUGGAACAACUUCAAACCAUUGCCUUGUCAGGAAGUCGUAAGUCUGGAUUCAGCGAUGUUGCACUUACGCGUUUACUGGACUGUAAUUUGCCCGCCAAAUACAGUAUGCAGGGCUAUUUAUCUUCGUCUAAUAUCACAGGACAUGGUUUCUUUGACAGAGGAAAGAUUCGUCCUGAAGACAAGAUCCUCACAUUGGAGGAACUUUCUCGUGUACCUCUGAACACAUCAAGACCUGUGUUUUAUGUUAACUUUACCAUAAAUGAAAGUACGUCGUCACCAAAAGCAGAGGUUGAAGUGCUAACAGUGAGAAGUUCUGAAAAACUCACAAAAACAAGCAAGCUGACAUUAAAGGAAACAAAAAGAAGCAAAAGUCAAGCACAGUUUGAAAAAACUGCCGAGUCUUGUGAAGAAGGGUGGAAAACUCCUGAUAGCAUGCAGAACCCUGAAGAAUCGUUACCUUGGCAACCGCCAAGUGAUCCUAAUCUACCGUAUUACAUCAGUACAAUGAAAGAAAGAUUGACAUCUCUCUCAUCACUUGAAGAACAAAUUGCACAACUUGCCAGAUUUGUCAGCGAGACCAUGGGCGGGUCUUGUGAAAAAAAUUGGCUACAGUCGUUUAAUUAUGAACUUCAUAUAAGUAAUUUGAAAAAGGAAUUUAACUCUAAUCUUAUACCUAUUGGAUGUGUUAAGGCUGGGAUCUACUACCAUAGGGCUCUACUUUUUAAGGUGUUAGCAGAUUGUUUAUGUAUACCUUGUUCAUUGGUUCGUGGUGAAUAUAACAGAGCUUGGAAUGAAGUUAUGAUUUGUUUAGAAUCUCAGAAAAAUGACAAGAUAGUUUAUCCAUCACGUACAUACAUUGUGGACUUGAUGCACGAACCAGGGACAUUAAUGGCAGCAAAUUCUCCUGAAGCUGACGGAUACAAAAGGUUAUGAAAAGUUAUUUUGACGUUUCUCUUCAUGAGAAAGUGCAUUUUUUCUCUGUAUUUUUUUUCCUAGUUCUAAUCAUAUUGAUCUGAUAAAUUCUUUUUUCUAUAAAACAUUGCUAAUGUCAUUUGGCUUCAGUAGUUGUUUAACCAUGCCUUUGUUAAUGGAUAUAGAAAUAUCCUUGUGAAAUAUGGAGUUUAAAGUCACUAACUUAAUUAAUCAAAGACAUCUAUAGUUUUUGACGAAAUAUAUUUGACGUAGCCGCUGUA